AUGAGUCUGAGCCGUUCAAAGAGAAUCAGCUCCAGUAACUCGGUCCGGAGCAGCGGCGGAUCCAGGAGGCUGAGUGGCUUUGGUCCGGUUCAGGGGGGUUUCAGCGGGAUCUCUCUGAGCAGCAGCUCUCUGUAUGCAGGUACUAACGGCCAUCACCAUGGGCUGGCCGCCCCGCUGGCGUCCCUGUCCGUCAACAAGAGCCUGCUGGCCCCCCUCAACCUGGAGAUAGACCCCAACCUGUCCAUGAGCCGGGCCCACGAGAAGGAGCAGAUCAAGAGCCUCAACAACCGCUUCGCCAGCUUCAUCGACAAGGUGCGUUAUCUUGAGCAGCAGAAUAAGAUGCUUGAGACCAAGUACGAGCUGCUGCAGGGUCAGGGCGUGGGCCGCUCCAACGUGGAGCCACUGUUUGAAGCCUACAUGGCAGGCCUGCGGCGUCAGAUGGACCUGGUCAACAACGACAAGAUUAAACUGGACGGAGAGCUGAGGAACAUGCAGGGGCUGGUGGAGGACUACAAACACAAGUACGAGGACGAGAUCAACAAGAGGAACAACCUGGAGAACGACUUUGUCAUCCUGAAGAAGGAUGUAGACUCUGCCUACCUGGUGAAGGCCGACCUGGAGGAUAAAGUCGGAGCCCUGACGGAUGAGAUCAACUUCCUGCGGAACAUUUAUGAAGAGGAGCUGCGUGAGCUGCAGGCGAGCAUCAAAGACACGUCGGUGGUGGUUCAGAUGGACAACAGCCGUAGCCUGAACAUGGAGCAGAUCGUGGUCGAGGUCAAAGCUCAGUACGAAGAGAUCGCCGCCCGCAGCCGAGAGGAGGCCGAAGCCUGGUACAAGUGCAAAUUCGACCAGAUGUCGGAUCAGGCCACUCGCUUUGGAGACGAGCUCCGCCUCGUGAAGGGCGAGGUGGCCGAGGUCAACAGGCUGAUCAGCCGUCUGCAGAGUGAGAUCGAGGCCGUCAAAGCUCAGCGCAGCGGCCUGGAGAACCAGCUGGCCGAGGCCGAGGAACGAGGAGAGCUCGCCGUGAAAGAGGCCAAAGCUCGGACCAGAGACCUGGAGGACGCCCUGCAGAGAGCCAAACAGGACAUGGCCCGCCAGCUCCGAGAGUACCAGGACCUGAUGAACCUCAAACUGGCUCUGGACAUCGAGAUCGCCACGUACAGGAAGUUGCUGGAAGGGGAGGAGGACAGACUCGGUCAACAGUCCAUCCUUAACAUCCAGGCCGUCUCCAACUACAGUCCAAAGAGUACUAACGGGUUUCACAGUAGCAGCAGCAGCUCUCCGGCUCCUAAACUGCUGAUAAAGACGACUGAGACCAGAGACAGCAGCAGAUACAGCACUCACUGA